AUGCAUCUGAUCUGGCCGACCAGCUUACGCUCCCCUGAUGAAGGCUAUGCCCUCGGCUGGCGGACGAGUCGAGCGGUGUACGUCCUGACUGUCGUCAACGACUGGCAACAGGCUCAGAAUAUCAUCAGACAGUGCCGAGACGCAGUCGGUCUUGCAAAAACACCAAAAACACCGGUCGUUGGGGUCAUCGCCGUCGUCUGUCGCCCCGAGGAGGCCAAAGGGGAAUUUCGAGAAGAAGUGGAUCUGCCCCGCUUGACGCUCAGUACGGGGCGCUUGGUGCACUGCGAGCCGUCUAUGGAGGUGAUCCUAGUUGAUCCGCCUGAUCCGGAUCGAUUGCGAUACCUCACCGCCUCGGGACCGACCGCCGAAGCGGACGAUCAGUCAGCGGCUGUUGAUUGCUUGGGCGUGCAAGACUCAUAUGGUCCGAGAGCGGGAUUUUCAAAGAGUGAAAGUGAGGUAGAGGAGAUGCUGCGCUUGAUCAACACGAUGAAGGCGGCCCGAAGGCGGAUCGAGCGAGCUUUGGUCCCAAAGACCAAGUCCGCUCCACCGUCCAUCUCACGCUUCGCUUCCUCCACGAUGCCUGUCAUAAACGUACUCGCACUCGCUUUCGUGCCGAUCACCAUCCUCUCAGGGCUGCUCGUGCGACUGGCCAACCAGCGGCAGUCCGUCGGCUGGAGUCCAGUUUCAACUCUGAGCGCCAGCGCGACCCUACAACAAAUCGCCUUGCGAAGCACCCAGCUUCUAGAAGCGCCUCGGCGCUUCCAUAAUACGCUUCGAGCGCAAGAGGUUCCGAUCGAGACCAGGAGCAAGCGUUAUAUGCGCUUCUGGAAUACUGUCUGGCUCAUCCUGAAUGACCUUAUCCUGGGCUACUGCGCAUAUCAGGUCCUCACGCACAACGACCGCUUCUUCGCGCAUCAUCUCCCCGCCUUCGUCGAGCGGUACCUCGCGAGCGACAUCAUCUCCGCUCUGACCUGGCUCAAUGACUGGCCGGUCGGGCUGAAGCUUAAUACCCCGCUCAGUCAAUUCUACUGCUCCACCCUCACCAUAUUACUGCAAAGUUGGAAAGAAAUCAUGCUACCAAUGACCCAGUCUCUUGCGCUGUUGCUGACCACCGCCCUCGCUAUCACUUCGCUGGCCGGUCUUACCCUCUUCCUUGCCGCGCUGGAGGACGUGGUAUCGCUGUUCACCCUACACCUACGGCUCUGCAACACGAUGACGAGGGGGAUAUGCCGGUGGCAGCUCGCGUCGCUAGGCGGUCUAUGGAACCUCUUCCGAGGCAAGCGAUGGAACGUGCUCCGCCAGCGCACAGACUCGUACCAAUACGACGUGGAUCAGCUCUUCCUCGGUACACUACUCUUCACAGUAUCUGCCUUCCUCCUUCCAACCGUGCUGACCUAUGCUAGCCUCUUCCUUCUGCUUGCAGUGGUAGUAUCUGCUUUGACCUAUUGUCUGCGGACACUGAGGACUGCGCUCAACUCGUUUCCGCUCUUUGAAGUGCUGUUACGGGUCAAGGAGCCGUCAAGACUUCCAGCCGGGAUCUACUUCGAAUUACGACCUAGUGCGAAAGCAGGAAUACCGACCUUGGUGCUGAAGAACUCCCCUCGACCGAUGACAUCCAUCCUUGGCGGUAUCUUCAGGCACCAACAGGCGAAAGCAGAUCAGUAG